AAUGGCUCUAUAACUGGGUUCCAUUGGCAGCGGCGGCCACAGUCCAUCACAGAUCCACCAGCAGAAGGGAAGCAAGAAACUGACGGCAACCACAAUGCGGACACUGUGUUUUUUCUGGUGUUUGUCAAUGUGGCUGGGCUCUGGAGAAUCCCAGCCUCUGACUCAGCCUCCGACCGUCUCGGUGUUACCUGGAGCCAAGGCCACGAUGAAUUGUAACAUCGGUACAAAUGACAAUCAAUACGUUAGCUGGUACAAGCAGACACCGGGAACACAUCCACAGAUGGUCCUUUAUCACCAUCCUUCCUGGAGUAACCCAAGCUACGGCCCUGGGUUUAGCAGCGACCGUUUCACAUCGACUGUCGAAAGCGGAGGCACCGAGUACCCGUUGAUCGUAAAGAAUGUGGAGAUGAGUGACGCUGCCAUAUAUUACUGCGGGAAGUGGAUUUCAUCGAUCAAUAAUUUCGUGUUCGGCCCAGGGACCAAGCUCUUUGUUGCAGAUCGGCAGCUCCCGGACCCUUCAGUGAAACUGCUUGGGCCGUCAGCCGAGGAGCUCUCCUCUAAAGGAGCGGGCACCUUAGUUUGCCUGGUCAGUAAAUUGUCGGUGGGCUUCCCUGUCGUCAGCUGGACAGUGAACGGCAGUCCGACGAGCAGUGAGGUGAAAACCAGCGGGGUGACUCAGAAUGCAGACAAAACCUUCAGUCUCAGCAGCUACCUGACGGUGCCCGGCGCAGACUGGAGCAGUGGGAAGAGGUACUCCUGCUCAGUUCAACAAGGAGCAGCCUCGACAACAUCCGCAACAGUCACACAAUCCAGCUGUUAAACAGCGCGGCUUCGGCCUUGUUUCUUCCCUGAUUAACGUGAGAUCACUGCCCUGUAUCUUUCACCUCUACCACUCUUACUCGCUCAUCCCUGUACUUCCCUUCUGUUCCGCUCUCUGUAGUUUCCAUUUUGAUGUUGGAAUAUUUGUUCCCGAGGCUGAUUUUCCUACGGAGAGGCUACGCGGUGUUAAAGUGGACAGUGAUUUGUCUUCUGGAAAUUUCAGCCGGUGAAUGGUUUUCUCUGGCACUGGGGUUUGGAUUAAUUAGAAUAAUAAAUGAUUUUGUGAUUCGUCCUCAGUUCCAGACUAACGGUGACUAACUGCAAAUAAACAUGAUCAGUGCA